UCAAGAACCUUUGUCUUCCUUUCUUCGAUUAUUCUUCCUUUUGAUUUGAUUAUUUUAUAGCAAGCCAUGCUUCAUUCUCAUGCAGGCAAGACUAUUCAGGGUCCCAGAAAGAAAUAAUCAUGCUUUGCUCAAAACGACUGCGAUUUCUGCUUCUUUCUUGCUUCUUCUUCUCCUCUGCCAUUACAGCGUUUGGUAUUUCGCCAGGUUCUACACUUUUUGCUUCUGAUACAAACCAUACAUGGCCUUCUCCUAGCAACGCUUUCUCUCUUCGCUUCCUUCCUUCUCAAACUCCAACCACUUCUCCUCCCUCCUUCAUUGCCGCGGUCGUUUUCUCCGGCGGCACACCCGUUAUUUGGUCCGCCGGUAACGGUGUCAGCGUGGACUCCCGUGGCUCGCUUCAGUUUCUCUCCUCUGGCGUCCUUCGCCUCGUUAACGGCUCUGGCGUCACCUUUUGGGACUCCGGCACUUCCAAUUUGGGCGUCUCUUCUGCCUCCCUGAACGACGAUGGAAACUUGAUUCUCUCUAAUCGAACCGGCGUCGUUUGGUCGAGCUUCGACCAUCCCACUGACACCAUCGUGCCUUCUCAGAAUUUCACAACCCGUAUGGUUUUGCGAUCUGGUGCGUAUUCAUUUAGAGUAACCAGAUUGGGUAACCUCACACUUGGGUGGAAUGAUAGUGUACCGUACUGGGAUCGUGGUCUAAAUUCAUCUGUACAUGUCAAUUUAACUUCGCCGGUUUUGGGAUUACAAUCUAUAGGAAUUUUGAUACUUUCCGAUCCCAAAUUGGUGACUCCGUUGGAUAUUGCCUAUAGCAGUGACUAUGCUGAAGCAAAUGGCACUCUGAGAAUUCUGAAGUUGGAUAGUGAUGGGAACUUGAGAAUGUACAGUUCCUCUAGAGGCAGUGGAAUUUCUACUGUAAGAUGGGCAGCUGUUGAAGAUCAAUGUGAGGUUUUUGGGUAUUGUGGGAACUAUGGGGUAUGUAGUUACAAGGAUUUAAAGCCAAUUUGUGAAUGCCCAUCUGAGAAUUUUGAGAUGAUUGAUCCUAAUGAUAGUAGAAAAGGAUGUAGGAGGAAGGUGAGACUUGAGGAUUGUCCAGGCAGUGCUUCUAUGUUACAAUUGGACCAUGCUUUAGUCUUGACCUAUCCUCCUAUAUUCAUGGUUAAUCCGGAGGUAUUUUUCGUUGGUAUAUCAGCUUGCAGAGGAAAUUGCCUUGCAGCUGGUUCUUGUUUUGCUUCUACUUCUUUAUCAGAUGGCACAGGCCUCUGUUACAUAAAGACAUCUAGUUUCAUCAGUACCUACCACAACCCCGCACUACCCAGCACUUCAUAUGUUAAAGUUUGUGGACCAGUGGCACCAAACCCGCCACCGAGUUUAGAGGAAGCCGGGAAGGGAAAGAAUUGGGGGAUACAUGCUUGGAUAGUAGUGGUAGUUGUUCUGGGUACCCUUUUAGCUUUGAUUAUCUUUGAGGGUGGUUUGUUGUUGUGGUGUUGUAAACGUGAUUCGAGGUUUCGUGGUUUCUCUACCCAGUAUGCUCUUCUUGAAUAUGCUUCUGGAGCACCAGUUCAGUUCUCACACAAGGAGCUUCAGCGCGCAACAAAAGGGUUCAAAGAGAAGCUUGGUGAUGGUGGAUUUGGUGCUGUUUACAGGGGAACUCUUGCAAAUAGAACUGUUGUUGCAGUGAAGCAACUUGAGGGAAUUGAGCAAGGUGAGAAACAGUUCAGAAUGGAGGUUGCUACUAUAAGCAGUACACAUCAUCUGAACUUAGUGAGGCUGAUUGGGUUUUGUUCUGAAGGAAAACAUAGGCUUUUGGUUUAUGAGUUCAUGAAAAAUGGGUCUCUGGACAAAUUUCUUUUUGUUAAUGAACAUCAGUCUGAGAAAUUGUUGAAUUGGGAGUAUAGAUUCAGAAUCGCGCUGUGCACUGCAAGAGGAAUCACAUACCUUCAUGAAGAGUGCAGAAACUGCAUUGUCCACUGUGAUAUAAAACCUGAAAACAUUCUCUUAGAUGAGAAUUACAAUGCCAAAGUCUCAGAUUUUGGCCUUGCAAAACUCACAAGUGCCACUGCCUCGGACCAAAGGCACCAAAGCUUGACGAGUGUAAGAGGAACUAGAGGAUAUUUAGCUCCAGAAUGGCUUGCAAAUCUGCCUGCAACUUGUAAAUCUGAUGUGUAUAGCUUUGGUAUGGUUUUGUUGGAGAUAGUGAGUGGAAGAAGGAAUUUUGAAGUCUCAGAAGGAACAAAGCGGACAAAGUUCUCCAUGUGGGCUUAUGAAGAGCUUCUGAAGGGUAACAUAAAGGGAGUUCUGGACAGAAGACUAGCUAACCAUCAUGAAGUUGAUUUGGAGGAAGUGAAAAGGGCUAUAAUGGUGAGUUUCUGGUGCAUCCAAGAGCAGCCACUUCAGAGGCCAACAAUGAGCAAAGUGGUGCAGAUGCUGGAAGGAAUUACUGAGACUGGGAUGCCACCAUCCCCAAAAUCUGUUACAGAAGGAUAUGUUAUUGCUAAUUCCGUUGUUGCUGGAGAAGCUCCAUUCUUCUCCUCGUCUUCCACAUCACAAAUCAUAUAGGCUCAACGAAGAAGAUACUACUUAGCCUAUUUUCAUGAACUACUGGUAUCUUUUCGUGUAGAUUCUUGUAUCAUUUCAUUAAAUUAUUCGAUAGAAUCCUGCUAUUUGUUAGACAACUUAAUUAUAUUAUAUUGAAUUGUGAAUGAGAGGUCACAUGUCACUUUGU